AUGUCUGCUCCACCUUCCUCUUCCACUCCUCACCCGCUCGCACUACCUUCAAACUUCUCGCCUGACGCUCUCGACACCCUCACCGAGCUCGCAGCCAUCCUCACCCGUCUCCGAGCCGCAAUCCAAGCGUCCAAUCCUCCCACGGCCCCGGGCGGCGUCACAGGCUCCACCCCGUUACCUACAGGAGCGACACCAAACCAACUAGGAGCCAGCCCGGGCGGCACGGGUGCUUUGUCCCUGAGGGAGCUCUCCACGCAGACCGACGCACUGAAGCACAAGUUGCAGCGGGCCCGCACGCAGAUCAAGACGCUGCCCGACAUGGAACGCGACAUCGAGGAACAGGAAGAGGAGAUCCAGGAGCUCGAAGCUAGGAUUCGCAUGCAGCGGGAAGUCCUGGAGAAGUUGCGGGAGCGCGGCGUUGACUUUGGAAACGAGGGCGACAAGAUGGAGACAUAA